AUGGAGUUUGGUAACGCUGGAGUGUUGAAUGAGGAUGGUAUCCAUGUAGAUAUGGAUCGUCUCAAGAAGGGAGAGGUCAACCUGGGAACAUCGAUUAUGGCAGUUACUUUCAAGGAUGGUGUCAUUCUGGGUGCGGAUUCACGAACAACGACCGGUGCCUACAUCGCAAACCGAGUGACAGACAAGUUGACGAGAGUACACGACACCAUUUGGUGCUGCCGAUCUGGCUCAGCCGCCGAUACUCAGGCUGUCGCCGAUAUUGUUCAAUACCAGCUUGGGCUGUUCGCCAUGACCAACGGAAAACCUCCCAUGACACAGACCGCUGCGUCAAUCUUCCAGGAGAUUUGUUACGCCAACAAGGACCGUCUAUCUGCCGGUCUGAUUAUUGCUGGUUGGGAUGAGCGAUUCGGUGGCCAAGUCUACUCCAUUCCUCUGGGUGGUUCUCUUCACAAGCAGGCAUAUGCCAUUGGUGGAUCCGGAUCGACUUACAUCUAUGGUUACUGUGAUGCCAACUGGCAAGAGGGCAUGGAGAAGGACGAUGCGGUCAACUUCGUCAAGGGAGCUUUGAGGGAGGCUAUCAAGUGGGAUGGCAGUUCCGGUGGUGUCAUUCGUAUGGUUGUUCUCACCAAGGAGGGAGCAGACCGACACCUGUACCUCCCUGACACCGACUACGCUGUGCGGCAUGAGUAA